AUGAAAGAAGUAAAAGUAGCCGGGCUCUUUGUCAUCAGUUUUUCACUGCUUCAUGGUUUUCUUGUGGCAUUGAACUGCACCAGUCCAACUCCUGAAGCCUUGUUCGAUGCACUUGAGAAGGAAUUAUUUUCCAGAAAACUACUGCGACCUGUAAAAAGCUUUUCAGAUCCACUGAGCGUAUCAAUAAACCUGACUUUGGUGGGAAUUUUGGGAGUGAAUGAAAAAGACCAAUACUUGACAAUAUUCCUAUGGCAAGUCCUGCAGUGGUAUAUAGACGGACUAAGUUGGGAUGAGAAAGAAUGUGGAACGAACAGAGUCUCUGUCCCUCGAGAAGAUCUUUGGAUCCCAGACAUCCUCUGCACAGAGUUCAUGGAGGAGGACAAAUCUCCCAAAACUCCUUAUGUAUACUUGUACAACACAGGUCGUGUGUAUGAGGAUAAGCCGAUCAGAGUGGUCGCCACCUGUAAAUUAGUAAUCUUCACUUUCCCCUUUGAUAUCCAAAACUGCUCACUCACCUUUGAACCAUAUCUACACUUUGUUGGAGACAUAAGGAUGUUUCCAGGAAGCACAGCUGCAGAGACCCUGACAGAGUCCAAACAAGUGCUGCAGACCAAAGGGGAGUGGGAGCUUGUAGAUAUCGUAUCGGCUCAAACUACCCUUGACAUAACAGGUGGAAGCUACUCUGAGAUCAAAUACUAUAUUAUUUUGAGACGAAGACCACUCCUCUAUGUGAUAAACCUCCUGAUACCCAGCUGCUUCCUCAUCACAUUGGACCUCUUCAGCUUCUUGCUGCCUCCCCAGAGUGUCGACCGGGCCUCCUUCAAGAUGACCCUCAUCCUGGGCUACACUGUUUUCCUGCUCAUCAUGAACGACCUGCUCCCUGUCACUGGAGAUACAACACCUCUCAUGAAUGUUUUAUUCUCAGUCAGUCUCGCUCUGAUGGUGGCCAGCACAUUGGAGACAGUGUUUAUCACUAACAUCCAGUUCAGCUCCAACCGGUACAGUGCGGUGCCUAGAUGGCUCAGUGUCUUUGUGUUACGAUACCUAGCUGUUGUCGUUUGUCUCCCUCCAAAAAAGAGGACCAAUCGCGUCACAGUCUCCCUUCACCAACCUGCUAGCGCAAUGAAUGCCAGCAUCAUCUCCCUAAGAAAUCUUCAGAGUGUCUCUGGUGAUACACCUCAUGAGGAACCCCCUCCAGAGCCAGCCCUGGAGGAGCUGAAGAAGUUGAGCAGAGAUCUCAUGGCCAUCCGCCUUCAAAUUGAUAAACACUGCCAAGGGAGCAAUAGCUCGCAGGAAUGGCAAAUGAUCGGAUUGGUCAUUGACCGUCUCCUGUUCGGCUUGUAUAUUCUCUUCAUCUCUACCUGCUUUAUCACCAUCAUAUCUCUCUGGAUGUGGAGUUACUUUGUCAUAACAGAAAAUAAAUGA